AACCUUACAAUGAACGAAUUUGACGUCGAACAAUCUCCAGAUUUUGUUCGUUUGGAAAAUGAUCAGCUCGUCAUUGAUUGGACAGACACUCAGUCGAGGCGAGAAUAUCAAUUUGAUUCUAUCUGGCUACGAACGCGAAAUCCUUCCGACAAAGAAGUGGCCUUUCGCAGAAAACGUGUCUACCUCUUUCCCGAGACCACUUGGGGUAAAGAGGACAUAGAGGGGAGGCUGAAGAAGUUUGACCAUAAAGCAGUAAUGAACGACGAUAAGGCACUACAUGAUUUCCUGGAAGCAGUGUGUAUGGAUGGAAUAGCUGUAAUCAAGAAUGGCCCUACUAAUUCAAGAUCGGCUGUUCCAGAGUUAGGAGAACGAAUUGGACUAAUUCAGAGCACGCACUUUGGGUGA